GGAAACGGGUAUUAGACUCCUAAAAUCUAGUUUGACCAUUUAUUAAUGGUUAGUUCAACAUGGCAGACCAGAGGCAACGUUCGCUGUCUACCUCCGGAGAAUCAUUGUACCAUGUUCUAGGACUGGACAAGAAUGCCACUUCUGAUGAUAUAAAAAAGUCAUACAGGAAACUUGCAUUGAAAUAUCAUCCUGAUAAGAACCCAGAUAAUCCAGAGGCUGCAGAUAAAUUUAAAGAGAUCAACAAUGCACAUGCAAUAUUGACUGAUGCCACAAAACGAAACAUCUAUGAUAAGUAUGGCUCCUUGGGCCUGUAUGUAGCAGAGCAGUUUGGAGAGGAGAAUGUGAACACAUACUUCGUCCUAUCCAGCUGGUGGGCAAAGGCCCUGUUUGUGUUCUGUGGGCUCAUCACAGGCUGCUACUGCUGUUGCUGUCUGUGUUGCUGCUGUAACUGUUGCUGUGGAAAGUGUAAACCUAAACCUCCUGAAGGCAGCGAGCAGGAAUACUAUGUCUCUCCAGAGGACUUGGAGGCACAGUUACAGUCGGACGAAAGGGAGGCCACAGACACACCUAUUGUGAUACAACCAGCAUCAGCCUCAGAGACGACCCAGCUCACAACCGACUCUCACCCCAGCUACCACACUGAUGGAUUUAACUAAUGAUUUAGAAUGGAUAAAUAAAUACAUGGCCAACUCAACACUAGAAUCAUGAACAUUAGAAAUAGCGAAUGGGGAGGGGGAAAAGUUUUGCCACAGUAAGGAGGCAGUCUCCAACCUGCCGAGAAUAUUUUGUAAUCCCUUCAGCCUUUUGUCACCUUCAGUGUCGUAUCUUGAUGAUACAUGAAGUGCUGUAGCAUGCGGUAUUUAAAGCAGUUUAGCUAUGGUCUUAUUUGUUUGUUUUUCCCUUUUUAUAGCAUGUAUGGAGUUAUGUUAAAUGUCUGUUUGUGUUAUGUAUUGAGGAGUUUUCACAAUAAGAGUAUAAUGGAGACAUUCUGCAUUUUAAGCAGUGAUACCAGCCUAAAACAAGAUCUUUUUUAAAGUGAGUGAAAUCAGUCACACACAAGCUGCUCUGCUUCCAUACAGUUGUACUGUGAAGUCCUUAGAGUUCAUCAUUUUUAUGUGAGUGCAACAAAGAUCUUAAGAUCUUUGUUUUUAGGCCUUCCUGUGUCUCCCUGCACCUCUAUCUAAGCAAGUUUACAAUGCAAAGAACCAAAAAAUGCCAACAUUGUAGGGCAGGAAUUCUUUAAUGCUGGUUUUCAGCCUAAAUAAAACUACCCUGGACAUG